UGCAAAGUGAACCUCAAGCAACAGACCAUACUCCUUGCUAAGGUAUUUCGCCAUGCAGGGCGCCAACCGCCACGCUGCGUCUGCAUCGCCGGUCACGUCGCCGUCCUCGCAGUGGAUCCGCUCCAUCCAGAACGAGAGUUUCCAGCCCAAGCCCACAGCCUAUUCACCGCACUCGCUGGAGGACGAGGACCCGCUCAUGCUGCAGCAGCGCCAGUGCAGGGACAAGCUCCGGGUCCUCAAAAAGGUGCGCGAGCGCAUCAAAUUCUACCCUUUGCAGCCUCUGGACAAACGCGGGGACUCUUCGUCCUACUCGAUGAAGAUUUCCACCAGCAUGAUCCUCUCAGGGGCGGACGAGUCUCCGGACUGGCAAAAAGAUGCAACUCAGAGUGAUGGUCGAUCGAAGAAUGCAGGUCAAAACGUUGGCAUCGAUGCACUUGGAGGCUUGGAGAUGCUACUGUUUGCCUUCUUCGCUCCACAGGAAUUGCUGCGCGUCAGCGGUAUCUGUAGAGCGUGGCGAGCGUUGGCACGAGACGAAUUGUUCUGGGAACCGCUGCUGUUCACACCGCUGGAAAAGUAUCCGUUGCGUCCAUUGCUGGGACUGGAGCGAGACCCGACGCGUCCACAUGAAGACGUACCUGCUAUCCUGGUGUAUAUGGUGUAUCAAAGACUGAAAAUCGCUCAUGCUGCAUAUAAACCAGAGUGUACCAGUAGAGACGGCGCUAAUACUAUUCCUACAGCUACAAAUGCUACUGCAACCGCUGCAACGAGGUAUAACGGCAGGUUUCUGGAGUUAUUCCAGACACUCAAUAGACAAGGACAGGCUGGUACUCUACCGAGGGCUCAGACACGACCAGAAGUACCGGUUUCCAGUGUCCACCUUGUGUGUGUCAAGUUCAACUCAACGGCAUCGGCACUGUGGACUGCGGACAGAAUGGUGGGGCUGCUUUUCCCUGCAGAUCAAGCGGCUCCUGCGGCGGAAGCGCCUGUAGUAGCACCAAAUCAACAGCCUGCCGUGAAUGCCGAGCAUGGCGCUGGUGCUGCCGAUGACGAGGACGUGUACAGCGUGGCGGACGGACGAGAUCGGAUGACGUUGAAUAUGUGGCUUUCUACGAAACGAAAAGUCAGCGAGCGAACGGUGCGCUCGUAUUUAAGACAAAUGCUUCUUGCGGUGGAUGCUCUAGAGCGGUCGAACUGCGAACAUGCGGACAUUUCGCCUGUAAAUAUUGUGGUGCACAGUCACUCACGAGUCCGCGAGUCGAAAUUGACCGGAAACAUCGCAACUGGACGGUCUGAAAUGGAAAGUGAAGAAGAUGACGAUGAUUUGGACAUGUUGGAGAAUAAACCACACGAACAUUAUCAACACCGGCGACGAACACCCUUCUUUCAGUUAUUUCUAAGUCGGAGGAACUGUCAACACACUGGUGGAGCUCGAAAUCUACCAAUUGAUCCUGGUGUUGCUCUUGACGCGAACAUGAAUCCCAUACUUACUGCUAAUGAAGAAAUUGCACAACAACGUCAGAGGUUAGCGGCGGCAGAAGCAGAAGCUGGUGGCAAUGGCAAUGGUGUCCACAUCGCCGCUACAUUUCGCCAUCGAUUAGCUCUUCCUCAAGCCUCAAUGGUGAGCUCGGUCAUUCAAACUGCGAUGACCGUGUGGGCUCGUGGUCGGUUUAUGGAUGCGAACACGUCGACCGUAUUGGCUCUGCUACUUCGCUACCCUGAUAGCUUUCCGAGCAACCUGCGGUCCUUCCUGGAGUAUGCGAAGUACCUCAUCAUCACUCACUCGGCCAGUGCGUCCAAACUGCUUCGUCACGAGUACCUUCAGUGCUCAGAGGCUGAGCUAGACUGUCGCUCGUCUCCUCAUUGGUCUACAACACCGAUUCGUGACGUUAACGAGUACAAAAGCAAGCUUGUGGCGUACUACGGUAGCUUGCCAGCUCGUGUCGAGGAGCUUUUGGAUGAUUCCAGCUCGUUGGUUAGUCCACAGGUGAUUGACGAGCUCAUGCCAAGGUCAAACCUUGGUCUGCAGUAUUUUUCCAGAGCUUUGGAAGAGAGUAAGCUUCGAUCUGAGCGCUUUGUCAGCGUCGUAGCGCCAUCUACUGCAUCUUCUUCUUGGGUACGCACACUCGCGAGCACGCAGAGCUGUACCCUGCAACGUUUGGAUCUCUCCCAUGCGCGUGUACCGACGUCUGUAUUGUUGCGAGAGUUGGCUACAUUGCCACGUUUAACGCAUCUCCGUCUACCACGGCAAAUACUGCGAGACGAAAACCUGGAGCAUCUUGUAGCUGCACUAGCGUAUGCUCAGUUCCUACCGCAGCUUCGAGGACUUGACGAGAAUGUUCGUCAGGCUAUGGAUCGAUUGGAGAAAUCCUAUCUCAUGCAACUCGACAUGGUCACGUUCCUGUUACAAAAACCCAGUGUGAAUACCGCAGCUGGAGACCGUACCCCAUCGUAACCUAGCUACUUGUUGUCAGUUAAUUCAAAACUCAAGCAAUAAUUGGAUUAUUGAUGCAAUGUGAGCUCCUCUUGUCCUCAUUAGUUCUUACGUGACGGACGCUUGGUGAAGAGAUCGACCAUUGGGAUUUCCUCCAGCUCGCGACGAGAGCACAGAUACUCUCCCAGAACGAUGGUUACACUUGCCGCUACGAGGUGAACUAGCCACCAGUCCCACAUCUUCGGGAAUUCCUGUAGUAAUAAGAUCAAGUUAGUAUAUGUGUAUCUCACUGUUCGUGACUUGGAAACGUACCGAAUAGAAACACUGAGCCAGGAAGUCGAUGAAGUAGAGUGUGACACCAAAGUCUAGA